AUGCCUUUCCACCUACGCCUCGACCACCGCUGCUCCCCUUCUCAACCACCACUCCAUUCCCCCUUCCCCCACCGCACCCUCUCUCCAACUCUUCCGCAACCUUUCACCUCUGAAAUCCCUCUGAACAACCAGAAACGACCUCGAACGAACCUCACGAUGAGCUCGAGCGACUCCACCGUCAACGGGGUCUAUUGCGGCACCGGCGGCGGUGCCAACUCCUACUUUCACCUUCGCGUCGCAUCCAUCUUCAUCAUCAUGGCCACGUCUGGCUUCGGCGCACUCUUUCCCGUACUUUCAAAACGAACGCGAUGGCUCGACGCACACCUACCAGACGCGCUUUUCCAGACUGCAAAGUACUUUGGUAGCGGUGUGAUUAUUGCAACUGCAUUUAUUCACCUGCUCAGUCCUGCUAUGGCCGAGUUAGGUUCACCAUGCCUGUCUGCCGCUUGGCAGGAUUAUCCAUAUGCGCUUGGUAUAUGUUUAAUCAGCAUUUUCUCGAUUUUCAUCGUAGAAUUGGUCGCAUUCCGUUGGGGAACGGCGAAGUUGGCGAAAAUAGGCCUGUCGCAUGAUGCGCAUGGCCACGAUAUCGGCCAGCACGCCUCACACGCGGCACACGGGCCUGAGAUGGGUGUCCCAAGCACGAGUUCCGUCACUGGUUCAGUGACGAUGUUUGCGGACGGUGGCUCGGAAAAGGAUGGCCAGAUUAGCCGUGCAGAGGAUAUCGAAUCAGGCAGUUCGCACCUUGAGUCGGUGUCGGACUCGCCGCUCGCCCAGAUCAUCGGGAUCGGGAUCCUUGAGUUUGGUGUACUCUUGCACAGUAUCCUGAUUGGCCUAACGCUCGCGGUCGAUCCGAACUUCAAGGUGCUGUUCGUGGUGCUUGUUUUCCACCAAAUGUUCGAGGGCCUCGGAGUCGGCUCGCGGCUCGCAUUCAUGCGGCUGUCGCCCCAAUAUAGCUACAUUCCAUUGGUGGGCGCGUGCCUGUACGCGCUGACGACACCAGUCGGGAUCGCGGCGGGGCUAGGGGUGCGCACGACAUACAACCCGAACGGGCCGACGGCGAGCAUUGUGAGCGGGGUGCUCGACGCGUUCAGCAGCGGAAUCCUCAUCUACACCGGGCUCGUCGAGCUCAUGGCGCACGAGUUCGUGUUCAACCGCGAGAUGAUCGAGAGCUCGAACGCGAAGCUCUGUUGGGCGCUCGGGUGCAUGAUGCUCGGCGCGAGCCUUAUGGCGCUCCUUGGCCGAUGGGCGUAA